AUGACCUACAUGCUGCAUGAUGCUCCUAGUAUUCCCCCAAACUAUCUCCGGAUAAUAGCCACCUCAAAGAGCAGGAACCAGGAGAUCUUGACAAUAAUAGACCCUAAAUCACCACCACCGGCAAUUUUAUUAAAUGCCUACGUCGACGCCUACUUCCAACAUGUUUUCCAUCGAUUGCCUGUUGUUGAUCGUGCCGAUUUAUCUUCUAGCAGGCCCUCGGUCGCUCUUCAACAAGCGAUUUGCAUGGUAGGAACCAUCCUACGGCAUCCCAAGGGACCGGAUCUGCUGGCUGAGAAUGAGAAAUAUUAUUUCAAUGCCAAGACCCUUAUUCACACCAGCCACGAGCAGGACCCUAUUACAGUUCUCAAGGUUAUGUGUCUUUUCUCAACCCGCAACAUCGCUGGCCCUGUGUUGCUGAACAUUGAUUCCCCGUGGCAGUGGUUAGGCAUAGCAAUAAGACUGCUACAGCAAAUGGGUCUGCACCGCGAGGAGAUAUGUGUGGCCUUUAUCAACCCAGGAAUCGCACGCAGGAUUGCAUGGUCCCUUUUCAUUCAAGAUACACUUGUGUCAGCUGCAUUUGGAUGGCCUACAUGCAUCAAACAAAAUGAGUUUGACGUUCGACCCCUCACAGAAGAAGAUUUCGAGGCUUCUGAUAUUCAAUCCUUGCUUUUCAUCGAGCUAGCCAAGAUAGUUAAUAUUCUGGCUCGUAUAUUAGACUUCCAAUCGCGGUCCCCCAAAGAUGUGCAAACACAGUAUAUGGAUAUCCUCUGUUCCUUGAAAGAUUGGAUCCGCAAUCUUCCAACUACUAUUCGCAUUUUUGACGCCAAUGGCCAUCGAACGUACCGACGAGAUGCUUUUGAACUACACCUUGUGUACUUUGCAACCAUUAUAUCAUACUUUCACCUGUUCAACGACCACGACAUAACAUCUGCCCCGAACAUUGUAUCGCUGGUCGCCUCUUCAUGCAUGGCCUGCCUAUACAGUGAGAUUGAUUGCAGGGACGACCUUAGUUAUCUUCUUGGUACACACAAUUGGCUUUUAAUGGUGGCGGCAAUACCGCAGCUUCUGUACAACGCCGCCGAGUGCUCACUAGAAUCGGAUAGCCACUGCUCAGAAGAGCUUGACAUUCUUGUCUCAUGCUUGGACCAGCUUCAAGCAAGAAUUCCGGGGGCAACAGUGGUCCUAAACGCAAUCAACAGACUCCGAACCUCACGCAACAGCGGCCAAGUCCAAAAUACAGCAACAACCUUGGAAUCGCGCGAAACGGUCUUUUUUGGCGAAGGGUACGAUAUUCUAAGCUUCCGCGACUUGUUCCCAUUUCCAAAUUCGCUGUCACCAAGGCUUUCGCUGUGGGAACUUCAUGCUGGGCAUAUAUUCCAAGGGGUGGAAACUCCCAUGGCCGCGCACGAUGACCUGAGCCGGAUCUUUGAAGAGUUCUCGGACCUUUCUCGAUUUACGUUUCCCGGUGUAGCAUAG